CGUUGCGUCACGUAAAUUUCAAGAUAGAAGGAGAGAGAUAUUUGAAAAUGCAAGAGAGAAAAAAAAAAAGGAAAAUGGGAUCAGCAAAGUUUAA